GAUUACUGAAAAGUACAUCAAAAUACCAGAACUUAGUUGAAAUAUGCAGGUUGCUAUGACUGCGGUUACAUAUACGGCAGCUGUUUUCCUGUAUUUAUCGUUAUCAGCAAACUGCCAACCGCUGAUAGAAGAACAUGAGUUCCUAGAAAAGUGUCCUGCCAUAGCUGAUAUGCAUAAGGAUGUUAUCAUUGAAAACGUAGUGACGCAGUUUUCUCUGAUGAAAAUUCCAGAAUCUGAUCGACCAAUACCACAGCCUGAUAUUAACGCAGGGAAUUCAUGCAAGGAAGGGACAGGGAGAGAAUCGAAUGACAAAAUCAACGAAUGUAUUUCAACUGUCUUCGAAUAUCCAUUCAGACUCGUUGGAGGAGGUUCAGAAAAAGAAGGACGAUUAGAAGUCUACAUGAAUGGACAGUGGGGAACCGUGUGUGACGAGGACUGGGAUGUGAUUGACGCUCGAGUGGUUUGUCAGAGUCUAGGCUUCAUCGGACAUACUAUUCCUCUGUUGAAUGCUACAUUUGGUGAAGGCACGGGGCCUAUAUGGAUGUCAUCUGUCAAUUGUUCUGGACACGAGCAUUCAAUCAAAAAGUGUGUGUACAAAGGCAAACACAACUGUUCUCACAAUAACGAUGCUGGUGUUAGAUGUACCGACGAUGGAGUUCGGCUUGUGAAUGGGAAAUCAUGGAGAGAGGGUCGAGUAGAACUAUAUAAAGACGGAGAGUGGGGGACGGUGUGUGAUAAAGGUUGGGGUCACCAGGACGCCUCAGUUGUGUGUCGUACAUUUGGAUUACAAGGUUAUGCAGUUGGCUCAGCGGCUUUUGGAAGGGGAAAGGGACCAAUUGUUCUCGGAAAUGUACAUUGCACUGGAAAAGAAAGCAGCCUGUGGGAAUGUCAGAAUUCAAAGUGGUCUUGCGGACAUUAUGAGGACGCGGGGGUGAAAUGCUUUACAGAUUCACCGAUCCGUUUAGUUGGUGGAAAAUCUCCUACAGAGGGCAGGGUGGAAGUGUAUCUCAAUGGUCAGUGGGGCACGAUUUGUCAGGACUUAUUCGGUACAAGUGAUGCAAAGGUCUUAUGCAGCUUUCUCGGCUAUGGAUUCCGUGGUUUAGGCGCCUAUAGUAGUGUGUUUGGACAAGGUACGGGUCCAGUAUGGCUGAAUAACCUUGGCUGCAGUGGAGAAGAAUUGUCAGUCCUUCAGUGCAGGCAAUCUCAAAUUGGGAAGAACUCCUGCCAUCAUUCCCGUGACGUCGGAAUAGUCUGUAUGAAUGCUACAAACAAUUUGGUCAGACUUGUUGAUGGAAAGACGGAAGGAGCUGGAAGGGUUGAAGUCCUAGUUAAUGGCCAAUGGGUUGGUAUCUGCGAUUCCACCUGGGAUUGGGCUGAUGCUAAAGUUGUAUGCAGAAGUCUGGGAUACGAGGGAUAUUAUAUUCCAACUUCAAAGAGUUGGUUCGGAAGAGGUACAUCCAUCCGGUUAUACAAUGUAGGUUGUAAAGGAAACGAACAAUCUUUUCUCGGCUGCUCUAAUCUUCUAAUUGGAGAAAAUUGUUAUUCUGGUGAAACAGCAGGCGCCAUUUGUUCCAAUGAAACCACGGUUAGAAUCGUCAAUGGAAUUUCUGAAUCAGCAGGAACGGUCGAAGUCUUUUUAGAUGGGAAAUGGGGGAACAUAUGUGAUAACAAAUGGGAUUAUCGGGAUGCCAAUGUUGUGUGUCGAGGUUUAGGGUAUUUAGGGUAUUCUAUGACAUCGUCAUAUCCAUUCUCCGGGAACAAUACUAGGGAAAUAUUCGCUACUGAACUGGAUUGUUCUGGAGACGAGGACUCUAUCUGGCUUUGUGAUUUUUCAAACAUUGGAUCUGUUAACUGUCCAAACAGCAAUGUUGCAGGGAUCCUUUGUACAAAUGAAUCAUCAUAUGAACUGAGACUUGUAAAUGGCAGCUCUGAAAAUGAAGGUCGUGUCGAGAUUUUCAUCAAUAAGGAAUGGGGAACCAUAUGUGGAAUCGGAAUGGACCGGGACUCUGCGCUCAUUAUCUGCAAAAAAUUGGGAUAUUCUGGCUAUGCAUCUGUAACAAAAAGUCGAGUUUUUGGAUAUGGUUUGGGAAGAAUCUGGAUGUCCAACUUAACGUGUGAUGGAAGUGAAAAAUCUUUAUCCGAGUGUGGAAAAAUAUAUACACAUAGAUAUUGUUCCCAUGGUGAUGACGCAGGCGUAUUAUGUCAUAAUAUUACAAGUCAUGACACUCGACUCGUUAAUGGGAAUUCUACACAUGAAGGUGGUGUAGAAGUGUUUCUGAAUGGACGUUGGGCAGGUGUGUGUGAUGACGAGUGGAGUGGAAUGGAUGCAAAGGUCAUCUGCAAAAGUCUUGGAUUUAUAGGGUAUGCUGCUGUGACUUCGGGCUCUGUAUUUAGACAGGAAAAUUCCACUAUUCUAGUAAAUCAGUGCAAGUGUGAAGGAUCAGAAGAAUUCCUGCUUGAAUGCAAACAUUUAGUAACAACUGAUUGUGGAAUAAGCCAGAUGGCGGGAGUUGUUUGUGUAGAAAAUGGAAGAAAUUUUAUACGCCUUGAUAAUGGCAGCUCUGAUAAUGAAGGAAGACCUGAGAUAUACGUCAACGGAAAAUGGGGAGGAAUAUGUAGUACUAAAUGGAGUCCUACGGAGUCCUACAUUUUUUGUAGAAGUCUAGGAUACUUGGGCCAAAAAUACACCUCAAUAAAGAAGAAUUUUGGACAUGGUUCCGAACUAUUUUGGAUGCACAAUGUGUCAUGUAACGGAAGAGAACGUCACAUUUUGGAGUGUGACCACAUCAUCAAUGACUAUGAGACUUGCAAAAGUGGAAGUGUGGGAGUAAUAUGUUCAAAUGCAGUAUUUGAUUUCAUUCGACUCGUGAAUGGAGCAUCAGAAAAUGAAGGACGUCUUGAAGUAUAUUACAAUGGCGAAUGGGGAACUGUGUGUGAUGAUGGAUGGGGUUUAGAGGACACCCAAGUAGUCUGUAGAAGUCUGGGAUACACAGGAUCAGUGGUUUACUGGCAUGACGCUCAUUUUGGGCAUGGAAGUGGACCCAUAGUUCUUGGAAAUGUUCGCUGUACUGGGACAGAGGCCUCGCUGUUUAACUGUGAAGCCGGAGCUGUUUAUUCCUGUUAUCACUGGGAGGACGUUGGAAUACGAUGUACUUAAAGGAAGUGUAUAUACUUCGUGAAGUACAAAGUCAUGUAAACACAUUUGUACUUUGAAAAACUUGGUCUGAAGUACUGAGAUGUGUAAAUCACUUCAAAUGUUCUAUAACUGGGAUUCACUAAAAAUUCGGACACAAGUAUGAAGUCGCUCUAAGUUUGUCAUAAUUAUCUACAAAUAAAGUUUUUUAAUCACGGAC